GCACGCGGGCGAUGAAGGAGAAGAUGCGCGUGGGAACAAAAGGGAGAAAACACAUGAAAGAACGGGAAUUACGAGGAAACACGUGGGCGACAUGAUAGGAAAAAAAUCUUUUGUGAAGAAUGACGUGAUGAGGAGGAGCAACGCGCGAGGAGCAAGGGAACAACGCUUGAGAAAAAGGAAGCGCGCAAGAGCAAGCCCAAUGCGUGAGUACGUGAUGAGCGCAUUCACGUGCGGUGAACGGGCGACGCGCAAUGAAAAGCGGAAGGAUGCACCCCUAAAGAAGAGGAAGAAGAGCAGGAGUGAGUACCCUUAUGAAGAAGCCGUGCCUAUUGCAUUGGGAACACUCCAAGAAACAGUCAAAUCUAUGAAGGAGGUCCAUUUCGUGCUCUUUGAGGACGCUGUGUGGCAGGAAUGGCUGGAGCAGGCGAAGAGUAACUUCAUGGAAAUCACGAAAGAGGACAUGGACGUCAAGACGGCAUAAAGGCAAGGUGACCACUGCAUAAGGAGCACCUCCAUGUAUCCAUGCUUGUGUACCUCCCUGCAAGCAGGUUGAGAGAGCAUUCUAUGGACGGACAACGUAGGACAGUUUGAAAAAAAAAAAAAGGAGGACAGUAAUCCUUCUGCCAUCUUGGAAAACACACCAUGAAUUUUCUUGAGAACUCUCCCUUUUUAGGGAAAGAUGCAUGUAACUGGUUACUACCACAAUUGCUGUAACAGUAAAAGUCUGUUUCUUCA